UCCAUGAUUUGAAUUCUAGUAUAUCGGAAGGCAUUGGAAAGUCUUAUUCUCCCAUCUGGGCAUAAACUGAGGUACCAAAUAGAUACUUAAGCAUAUCAAAAGAAUUGAAGUUUCACUGAUAUCAUCCAAACAAUAAAAACAAUCAUUUCAACUACGCUCAUCUUACCUAAAAGUGCAUAAUCCUAAAACCUCGGGCAAAAUCGCUUCAGUAAAAUACAUACACGUGACUUACAAUCGGCUCGAAAAUCCAAACUUCCGGCACCUCUGCACAAUCCUGUCAUCAAGCUCUCUCACCACCUACCAUCUCCCCUCUACAAACGGACCAAUUGAGACGAUAAAAUCCGCAAAUAUGAUUUCGAGUCGAACUCUUCUCCGGGCUCCUAGGGUCGCCACCCCAAGGGUCUUUACCCAAGUGGUCCGAAACUAUGCGGCUCCUGCUGUUGAUAGCAAACCUCCAGUGGCUUUGUAUGGUGUUGAUGGUACUUAUGCUAGCGCUUUGGUAUGUGUGCUUUUUCAUGGUCGAGUGGAAAGGGAUCGCGGGGCUGGGACAGAAGAGUUGGAAGGUUGGGAGGGAAAGCGAGUGGAAGGAAGUGGAGGGAAGGAGGAUGGGCAAAGACGAGGGGAGAGUAAUUGAUGGAGGGGAUUAUAUCCACAUCGGGAUUGUCAACUACAACCAGAAACAAAGCUAAUCACUCACUUUCUAUAGUACACCGCAGCCGCAAAAACCUCAACCCUCGACAGCGUAGCCCGCUCCCUCCAAUCUCUCCACGCCAUCUUCCAAAAAGAUGCCAAGCUCGCAACUAUCAUGCAAGCACCCACUCUCUCCGUACAGGAUAAAUCACAAAUUAUUCAAGAGCUCCAGAAACAUACUGGUGGCCAGGAUAAAGGUGAUACCGUUAAGAACUUCUUGGAGACACUUGCGGAAAACAAUAGAUUGUCGCUUUUGAAGGGUGUUUGUGAGAAGUUUGGAGAGUUGAUGGGUGCUGCUAGAGGGGAAAUUGAGUUGGUCGUUACUAGUGCUUCGGUGGGUUUAUGUUUCUUUUCUUCUUGGGAAUUUUGUCGUUGGAGUAUUCAGGGUUGGGAGGGGAACUUGGAGAAGGGACAUAGUGGUGUUAUUUGAAGAGAUAUUAUGUUUUUGUGGAAAGAAACAAGCUAACAUAACAUCCAACAAAUAGCAAUUAGAUUCCAAAACCCUCAACCGUCUCGAAUCCGCUGUCUCAAAAUCCCAAUACGUCGGUCAAGGCAAGAAGCUUAAGGUUACCAACAAGGUCCGUUACAUCCGUUAAUCCGAUGUCCAAUCUCAUUUCCAGUCCAUUCACAUGCACUCUUGACAUAUCCCUUCCACAUACUUCCCCCUCACCACAAAACUAUCAGCAAUAUCACUAACACCUCAAAAGGUCAGCCCAGAUGUCCUCGGUGGACUCAUCGUCGAAAUCGGCGACCGAACCAUCGAUCUCAGCGUCUCUAGCCGUAUCGCCAAGAUGAACAAGCUACUCACUGAUACUUUGUAAAUAAUCCAUCACAAACAAUAUGUUCUCACGACGGCCGAUUUUCAAAAGUUUACGAAAACGAGAUGUUUUCCUUGAGCUAUUUUCAGCUGUGAGUGAGGAGAGGGGAGUGACAUGGGGGAUGAGAGCAGGGGGAUGAGUGGUAGAAACGAGUCGACAAUCACCUAAUCUAUCUACCUUUACCCACCUACCUACAUGAGUAAGAAUAGAAAUGGAAUGAAGUGCAAUAAAUGGAACGUUUAGAACAUAAUGUUUGGUGACAAGAUGACUGAUACAUGAAGCUGCGAGCUAAUACUCGGCAGGAACGGUAAAAGUGCAUAUACAUACAUACCUAGUAAA